AUGAACCGAAAUAAUUGCUAUCCAAAGAUCCGAGGACACUUCGAGUUCAACAAUGCAAUCUGCCUCGUGCGCGACAGGAUGUUCAUGGACUAUGAGUACUGCUACUUGAAGUCCGAAAAUCGCACCUACAAGUACCUCUCGCUAAAGACCAAGUUUUACCACCUGCCCAUCGACAACUGCCAGACCAGGUUCCAGCUGAGGAUGCGGGAGAACAAGCGGAUCCCGUACAACUUUGAUUUCAAGGUGGACUCCUGCAAGUUCCUCCGGGAGCGCAAGCACGCAAUCGCCAACUGGGUCUACCAGGCCUUCGCCGGCUACUCGAACAUAAACCACACCUGUCCCUACGACCAUGACGUCGUGGUCGACAAGCUUCCCGUGCAGCACCUGAACAAGGUGGUCCAGUCGUUCAUCCCCGAUGGCAGAUACGUGAUGAACUCCACCUGGCUGGUGGCGGGCAUUCCGCGCUCCGAUGUCGUCCUAUACUUCACCAAAAGCUAAACAGUCAGUUUAGAAGUCUUCCAAAAAGUUAACUCCAAACCAUAACAAAAUGGGUUUGGUAUUGGAUCGGGGUCACCAGGACCGGUAUCAACAUAGUGAGUCUCAACG